AUGCAGUCGGUUGCUACCAAUGUUUGUGCUGCAUCCUUUGACUGUGAAGACCUAGUUUUGCAACCUCACUCUGAGUGUCAACUGGGCUCUGCUUCACUGACUUCGUCUGUCGAUGAGGAGAUUCACCUUCCUCGAUUUAUUUUCACGCCAGCUGGGUCCAUUACCUGCGUCUACUCGAGUAGCCGUCUCCAUUGUCAAUUUUCGAGUGGGAAACGGUUUUCCUGGACCCCUGAAUCUUCUUACAAAUUCUUCAAUUCUAUGGAAAACUGGCCUUUAAAUGUCGCGACGUCAUGGAGUAUUGUUGAAGUGGCGUUCUUACAUUCUCAAAUGUCUACCAUCAUUGUUCUACUUACGUCCCCUGAUGGUGGUGGGCCCCAUCAAUCACUCGUGUGUCUCCUAAAGUUGAAUGACGCGUUUAUCGAUGUCACCCGCGUCAUUUCAUUGCGCGGGAAAGCCCACGCAAUUCAUGUUGUAACUCCCAAUGAACAGGAGUCAAGCUUGAGUGUGCCGUGCAUAGAUCAGACCUUUGGAGGACUCGUGGCCAUCGCCAUGGAACGGGGCGUAGUGACGUUACUAGACCUUUGUCUUGACUGGCAACCGCGGAAGCCGUCUUUGGAACCCUCCGUCUCCGUAACUAUAGACCAGUGCCUCGAGGCCUUCGUGAAACAUGAACGCAUUUCACCCUACUCCGAGUCGUUUGAGCAUUCUCUCAUCAACCUGAAUGCUUCUCGAGUCUCAUGGAACAACUUUUACUACCAGACUCCUGGGGAUAAGACUAUUAGGAAACUUCCCUCCACCUCUGUGAAAGUCACUCUCCUGCGGAAUGUGUGUGCAAUCAAAAGCCUGGUGGUAGGAUUCAACUUCGGUGGAUGGCAGAUAUGGCAUCUGACUGACUUUCAGCUGAUCUACACCUACCCUGAUCUGCCGUCUCCGCCGGCUCCUGUCGUUUGUUGUGCGUUCGCCGAGCCCUCGGACGACCCUCGCUACUGCUGUUACCUUUGGAUCGGCUGGCAGGCGCCCAAAAGGACCCACACAUUUGACGCCUCCACGCUUGGCCGAACCGCUCCGGAAGUCAGCCUCUUCCAGUUGGGUUUCCGAAAGCGCACGGAGCACACCCAAGCUGGCACUGAAGACACAAUUUGUGAUUACGAUCAACUGUACGGUGCAUCCAAGCGUCUUUCGGCCUGUCUAACUCCCCUUUCGUCUUCCGCCACCACCUCGCACUGGUCGCCUUUUGGCGCUCAACUACAAGCCAUCCAACCGCUGUCCACAAACUACUCCGUAAACCACGGUCUGCGGUCGAACCGACUCACGGCCUUGGUGUGGCGUGCUGCGCCUCACAUCGUGCGAAUUGGGCUCUUUGACCUGGAUCAGUGGUACCACGCCCAAAUGCCCUCGACCAUAAGGUCUGAAAAUCCAUUCUUUGCUGUGUACGACGCGAGCCUGAAUGCUUCUCGGACUUAUCCUCUGUCGGCCCACAUUCUGCCCCAGACCAUAUUUGCAUUUUGGGCCAACAACUAUCGACGGGAAUUGCGCGCCUCGAAACUAUGCGGCGACAUGACUUCUUCACCUGAUGGCAAAAAAUCACCCCUGUGGAGUUACCGGGACCUGAGGAAGCCUCUGUCUGAACUGCAGCUGCGUCCGUCGACGCACUCGUUUGAUGCGUUUGUUCCCUUCAUACGAGAUCCUGGUGUUGUGGCCUACGCGACGCUAAAGUUCGUCUCCCGUCAAGAGCUUGCUCUCCGUGAGCUCUCGGCGGCAAUCAAGUCUCCAUCUUCCUCGUCCUUCGAAGCCAACGAUUGGAUCCUGGAAGCCGUGGCCUGUAGCUUAAUCCAGGAGUUUGAAGAUCCCGACUACGACAUCCCUCGCAUCAUGAAGGAAACUGAGGACAGUGAGUGGCUACUCCGCCAGGCCCUUGGACUUGAGUUCGUUCCCCAAGACCUCCAGACUCAGCUGGAGUUGGUUGAAAAGGAUGCGGAAGAUGAGUGUUCAUCUGACGAUUGUGUGAUGUCGCCGCGGGCUGGUAACAAAAGGCCAGUCGCCAUCGUAGGCGGAAGGUCUGCAAAGAGAGGGCGACAUGUUGUUGAGAAGGCUGGUGACCACCUCUCUCCCACGUGGGUUAUCAUCGCCAACUGUCUCCUUGACCACGGGAUGCUUCGUGAAGUGAAGAACCUUGGCGGUUUGAUUUCCGCAACGGAUGACACCGUGGACCCGCAGGCUUUUAUGCGCCGUUGGGUGUGGCUCCGGUGGCUCGGCAGGAAAACCUCCUUCGACGAGCUCUGCUGCCCCAUCUUCUCUGUCUGUGCCUCAUCUGCUACGCUCACAUCGGAUAAACUCAGUGCCCUAAGCCUGUGCACCAACUCGCUACGUCAACUGGCGGAACUCGCGGGCUCGGUGUACGCGGCCGAACCCUCUAGUCGGCGAAACCCGUCAGUUUCUGCGGCGGCUUCGGAAGCCAAGCUCCGAGUCAUCAGUAUGUUUGCCGAGUACACUCGCCCCGUUUGUCUCCUCCUGCGUCUUGGCCUUUUACCGCAAGCCUCGGACACCUACUCCAGCUCCCUGAGGCAUCCCUUUCCAAUUAUCGACUCCCGUCUUAAUGAGGUUCUGCAACUUUUGCAUACUUAUAGUGGUAAGAUAGAGAUAGAGGCUCGGCCAAUGCUUCUACUGUCCAGACAAUCUCCUCUUGCCCCCUAUGAUCCUACCCUAAUCAAGGAUUUCCUCGCCAAAAUUCAAUCCUCUAAUGGCCAAUCCGAGCCCCCUUUCCUUACUACGCAUCUGCUGAAUCACAUUUUUGCUGACGAGAAUGAGGAGACACGAGGUAUUUGGCAAGACCAGGAACAGCCUCUGAAAGACGGCGGCAGUGUAGCUGCCUUCUACCCCCCACGUCGUCUUCAAUCGGUCUGCGCCCUCUGGCAGUCCGUGGAUGCGCCGCCACCGGCGCGUCUGGCUCUCCUGGUCUUCGUUCUCUUCGAUGCCAUUGCUGUGAACGCCGCCUUUGGCAAUCGCCUCAGCGCGGUGCAGGCGGUGCCACCACAGGCAAGCGGAAGAGUCCAGUUAAGCGAUGGGAAGACGGAUGACGAUCUCGGGCCGCUCGCUCGAGCUGCGCAUUUGGUGAGUCUGGAGCCGGUCUCGCCGACCCUUAUUAACCACCCACUUGCGAUCUGCAAGAACAAGUCGUCAGCCAAAUUCUCAGCUUAUUCCCAGAAGAUGGCAAACUCCUUUCCAGCAUCCAAACUCUAUGGCUCAUUGAUCGCUUCCGCUUUUCGUCGUCAUGUUUUUCAGGAGGUGUUAUGCUCGCGCCUGAGUCCCGUGGUCACCGGUCAGAUGACGUCGCUGAAUCGGCUCCCCGAAAUCCUCCCAAACCAGGCCCUCCUGGCCUCAAAACACUGCCUGAGCUGUGGACAGGUCGACUUGGCCGCGCUAUUCACACCCCACGACAGCGAUGGGGGUGGCGUCGAUAACACCAGCGCCGCGGGAAGCCCUCUGCUCGCCCUCCACCACGCCCGUCGUCUGUGCUCCCUCAAAUUGGUGCAGGAUGCGUCCAGCGUGAUUCUUGAGGCCGCCAACAAAUUUCGGAAAUGUGGACGCUUCCUGGACUUCAUCAAUCUCGGUUUGACCGCCUGGGAGGCCGAUGUUGUGUUCUCCGAUCUGCGGCGCAGAGGCGACAACCGACUUCUCUUUGCUUGCCUUGUCGCUCGUGCUCAGUAUAAGGAGGCGUACGACCUUCUCAAGGAAGCAGACGCCGACAUCAGCUCCCGUCUUUCAGUUGCUACCACGCAGAGUUCCAGCUCGAAGAGCCUCUCCAAAAGCCGUCUAAUCCGCGCUAUGGUCUCCACAAUAACCUCCUGCCUUCCCAGCCUCGACCACCUAACUCGAUUCUCAGCCCUUGUAAACGGAAACGAUGAAGGGGAUUUCAGUAAAUCUGAUGACACCUCAGUGGAAUUUCAAGCGCCACCGUCGCCGCCCUGUUUGGCGGUAGACUCCGACUCCCCACGCCGUGGACUGCCGCGCCUAGUCGCCACCCCCAAGGGACGUGGUCUCGCCUUUCAACCCUGCACCGUCGAAAGACGACAGCUCGCCGAAUUCUGGGACGACUUCAACCUGUCUCAACGCGUGCUUCGUGGUGAAAACCCAUUCAAAACUACGUCCCCAACGCGGCCUCGCAUUACAGACAGUGCUCGGAAUCUCAGUAGAAAUUUGCGCAGGUAA